CGGGGCUAGGGGGCCGCUCUCGGGCUGCUUCGCGGCACGGGGGUCCGGCGAGCGGCGCGCGGAGGUCCAUUUCCCAGACGAGCACGGCGAGGCCCGGGCCACGAUGGACUUCCCCGGCUCCCUCCGCCCCACGUUGUUUAGGACCGGCCCCCUUGGUCUGAGCAAUGUCCCUGACAUGUCCUUCAUGUGCAGCUGGAGAGACGCACUGACCCUGCCAGAGUCCCUGCCCCAGAACUCUGAGAAUGGGGCGCCGCACAUGGCCAAAGGCCUGCUCUGGGAGCCGGAGACCCCUGGGCCCCUUCCCUUACUGCCUCCUGGUCCCGAUCCCUGGCACCCGGGUCUGACUGCCCAGGACCUGCUUUUCCGGGGAGGUCACCCGUUCCGCAGACAGCCCCGAGUUGUGCUGGAUGUUACUGAACAGCUCAGCCGGUUCCUGUGGGACCAUGGGGACAUAGCCUUUGCACCCCUGGGGAAGCUGAUGCUGGAGAAUUUCAAACUGGAGGGAGCACAAAGCCGCUCUAAGAAGAAGACAGUGGUCAGUGUGAAGAGGCUACUCCAGGACCUCGGUGGACACCAGCCCUGGGGGUGUCCCUGGGCUUGCCUCAGCCACCGGCAGCGGCGGUUCUCCAUCCUCGGGGGCCCCAUCCUGGGCAAGUCAGUGGCGAACCUCCUGGGGGAGCUGCUGUACGAGGAGCUGGUGAUGCGGUGGCAGCAGCUGCUCCUGGACGAUGCUUUCACUGGGGGCGCGUUGGCCUGGGUGCCCGGAAGGACGCCCCGGGUGGGGCAGCUGGUCUACCCUGCCGGGGGCACCCUGGACAAGCUGUAUUUCCAAGAGGUCGGUCUGACCCCAGCUGGUGACCCCUGGGUCCUCGGGGACCCUGGCCACAUCCGGCUCCGAGGACCUGUCCGGCAAGUGGUGACCCGCACUGUGCAGGGAGAAUCUCUGCUAGCCGUCCGCUCUGACUACCACUGUGCCCUGUGGAAGGUCAGUAAGCAGGGGCGGCCGGCCCCUCUCCAGGUGCUGCAGGUCGAGAAGGGGGCCACAGGGAUCAGCCUCAGCCCUCACCUGCCCGGGGAGCUGGCCGUCUGCAGCCGUUCGGGAGCCAUCUGUCUGUGGACCCCCCAGGAUGGGCUGCGGCGAGUCUACAAGGACCCUGAGACCCUUGUGUUCCGGGACCCCUCUCCCUGGCGCUGGGCAGACUUCACUGCCCACCCUCGGGUGCUGACUGUGGGUGACCGCACUGGAGUGAAAAUUAUCGACACUCAGGGCCCGCCGGGCUGCGGUCUGCUGCUUUUUCGUGGAGGGGCGGAGGCGUCAUGCCAGAAAGGGGAACGUGUCCUGCUGACCCAGUACCUGGGAGAGGGCAGCCCCGAGUCUCUGCAUUCCACGCUCCAUCUCAUCUGUACCCAGUUCUCGCUCUACCUGGUGGAUGAGCGCCUCCCCUUGGUGCCGAUGCUGAAAUGGAACCACGGCCUUCCGUCUGCUCCCCUUCUGGCCCGGCUGCUGCCUCCACCCUGCCCCGGUUGCCCGCGGCCGCUGCUCCUGGGAGGCCAGGGCGGGCAGCUGCAGCUGCUGCACAUCACAGGAGAGGAGGCCUCCACACCCCGGCUGGCAGGGCCCCCCCAGUCUCUCCCUUCCAGGAGCGAUUCCCUCUCUGCAUUCCCCCUGCUGGAGCCCAAGAGUCAGUGGCGGCUGCAGGAGCGUCUGAAAGCGCCAACCAUAGGUCUGGCUGCCACCAUCCUGCCCUGUGCCUCCAAGCCAGUUCUGUCGCUCUUCCAACUCUCGGCGGCUGGAGAUGUCUUCCACCAGUGCCUCCACCUCCAGGCAGACCCUGGGCCCCCCGGUGACCCUGGCCCCGACUCCUGUGCCCCCACAGCUUCCUGGACCCCCCAGGCCACUGCCUGCUGCAGCCGGUGGCUUAAGGCCUUGCUGGAGGUGCCCCCCCCUCCCCCUGUGUGGGCUGCACCCACCUUUUCCCACCGCCAUCUGCUGGCUUGUGUGGAGCAGAGAAAGGUUGAGGGGAAAGUGCCAGAGGGUCUCCGGGCAGCCAUGGCCGAAGGGCGGCUCCUGCAGCAGAGGGACCUGGGCUCGCUCCCCACAGCAGAGCCGCCCCCCGCCCCCGAGCCAGGCCCCGAGGACGAGCUCAGUGAGCGCCUGGAGGCAGCCUGGGAAGGCCGGGCAGCUGCCUGGUGGGAGAGGCAGCAGGGCAGGAGCUCGGGGCCCAGGAAACAGCCCAAGCGGCACAAGCGCCGUACACAGCUGUCCAGCACCUUCUCCUCGCUCAGCGGCCGCCUGGAGCUCUCGGACGCCACCAGCCCUCCUCACAGCCCAGACUCUGAGGCCAGGCCUCGGCCCCCGGUGACCCCGCCCUCCCAGGAGCUGACCCAGGAGCACUGGGCCCAGGGUGUCCCCUCCGAGCGGCAGCAGACCCUCCGGGACUAUAUGGCCAAGCUGCCGCUCCGAGAGGAUGCCCCAGGAGGUGCCUCUGUGCCCCCCUCCCAGACCUCCAGCCUCCGGGCCACCCCCUCCAGGCAGCGGACCCUCCGGGACUGUGCUGCCAAGCUGCCACUCCAAAGGGACACCCCGGAAGGUGCCUCCGUGCCCUCUUCCCAGACCUCCAGCCUCCGGGCCACCCCCUCCAGGCAGCAGACGCCCAUCCUCUCUGGCUCUCAGCCGCACCGAAAGAAACCCCGCAUGGGCUUCUGAGGGCCCAGGGAAGCUGCUCCCCCUCCUCUGGGGAGCCCUUCGUCCUGGACCAGCUGUGCCUUCUGUGACUGAAACAUAGGACAUAAAAA